GGGUUUACGAAUCCCUUCUUUAACACAAAGCACAUUUUGUCCACUUAAAUCAUACCUUAUCUGGCUGCAGAAAGCGUGUGGUUCACUUUUUUGCUUUUCCAGUGGAGGAGGACCCACUGUUGAUCUUAUAUACCACUCUCUCUUUGUGCGCCCUCCCGGUUCUCCAUUCGCCAGACUCGGAGCAGAGCCGCAUCACCAUCAUUAUCAGCGCUCGCGCUGCCUCUGUGUCUCUGCGCCUGCAGUAGGGACCCGUGUGCCCUACUAUCCCACCACCAUGAAUUCGGAUAUUAACAUGUACUUGGGGCGAGAGAAAUCGGGGAUCAUGCGAAAGAGAGCGAUGUUACUCAGGAAAGGCUGCAGUUUCGAAAUAACGAGCUCAGCGUCGGAGGAUCUUGGGUGCCGGAGAGGAGAGUUCAGCCGGAAACACUAUGGAUCAGUUGAACUGCUCAUCUCCAGUGAUGCAGACGGGGCCAUACAGAGAGCUGGACGAUUCAGAGUGGAGAACGGUUCAAUAGAUGAGGCCUCUGACUACAUGCCUGGAACAUGGAGGCGAACUGACGUCCAUUUGGAGAACCCAGAGUAUCAUACCAGAUGGUACUUCAAGUACUUACUGGGAAAAGUUCAUCAAAACUACGUGGGGACAGAUGCAGAGAAGAAUCCCUUCUUCCUGUCUGUGGUUCUGUCAGACCAGAACAACCAGAGGGUCCCACAGUAUCGAGCCAUCCUGUGGCGCAAGACGGGUACUCUAAAAAUCAGCCUUCCAUACAGUCCGACAAAAACACUAUCAGUCAAAUCUAUAUUAAGUGCCAUGAAUGUGGAUCGUUUUGAAAAGGGCCCAAGGGAAAUCCUUAACCCAGAGAUUCAGAAGGACUUACUGGUGCUGGAGGAGCAAGAGGGCAGUGUAAACUUUAAAUUUGGUGUUCUUUAUGCCAAAGAUGGACAGUUGACAGAUGAUGAAAUGUUCAGCAAUGAAUAUGCAUGUGAACAGCAUAAGGUAGAGAGGAAGAGACAUAUUGGGAACGACAUUGUGACCAUUGUGUUUCAGGAGGGAGAUGACGCCUCUCCGUCCUUCAAACCCUCUAUGAUUCGCUCCCAUUUCACACAUAUUUUUGCCUUAGUUCGAUAUAAUAGCCAGAAUGAUUGUUACAGGUUGAAGAUUUUCUCAGAAGAGAGUGUGCCGCUGUUUGGCCCACCGCUCCCUUCCCCUCCAGUGUUCACAGACCACCAGGAGUUCAGGGACUUUUUACUAGUUAAAUUAAUAAAUGGAGAAAAAGCCACUCUCGAGACCCCCACUUUUGCUCAGAAACGUCAGCGCACUCUGGACAUGCUGAUCAGAUCCUUGUACCAGGAUCUCAUGCCUGACAUGCCCAAGGUUCCCUUCUCUCCGCAGAACAUGCUGAACCGACGCUCAUUCAGCGACGUACUGCCAGAAUCACCCAAAUCCGCCCGUAAAAAAGAAGAGGCACGCCAGGCUGAGUUUGUUCGAGUGGGACAGGCCUUGAAGCUGAAAACUAUAGUUCGAGGGGAUGCACCCACCAGUUUAGUCACCACUGGUCUUUGCAGGAAAGAGCCAUGGGAGUCACAGUCGUUCUGCACUAGCUUCCCGUAUGAUAUAGUCUGUGGAGAUUCGUGGGGACAGUCAUUACUGGUCGCCACAGAUUCAGCAGGGGUCAUGCUGCUGGAAGCCUCAGAUCCACUGUUCUCCAAUGCAGAUUCACCAACCCUGCCUCCGGUGCAGGUAUUUGACAAAACCUUGACUGUCAAACAAAUGCACGUGCUUGAACCUCAGGACCUCCUCAUUGCAAGAGCAGAUAAGGGGAAAGAUGCUCGACUGUAUGUUUACAGACUAAGCUCUCUCAAACGGGGGAUAGAGGAGCGGCAGCUUGUCCGCACCAAGUGUGACAGUCGAGAGAACAAGCUUGAGAAAACCAAAGGCUGCCAUCUCUACUCCAUAAACACGCAUCAUGGGGUGGAGCUCAGAAUCGUUGCGGCGAUAAGAAACAAGCUCCUCCUGAUCACCAGGAAACAGUCACGCCUCGAUUGCCUUGGCUCUAUCGCUACAGUCACAGGGACUACUGACUCACCUGUGGAAGAGUUCCAGUACAUACGGGAGAUCUGCUUAUGUGACUCACCGGUGGUCAUGGCCCUGGUUGAUGGCCCAACAGGAGAGAAUGAUCACAUGAUCUGUGUGGCCUACAGACAUCAGUUUGACUUGAUCAAUGAGAGUACAGGAGACGCUUACAGACUACACCAUGUAGACUCCAACCGGGUGAACUUUGUUGCUGCCAUAGAUGUGUAUGAAGAUGGAGAGGCUGGACUUCUUCUUUGCUAUAACAAUAUCUGCGUCUAUAAGAAGGUGUGUCCGUUUAACGGAGCAACACCCAUGAUUCAGCCCAAUACUUCAGACUUCCAUUUCAGCUGGAAUCAAAUGCCCAACGCUAUUGUGUGUGCAUUCCCGUAUAUCCUUGCAUUCACCACUGACUCCAUAGAGAUUCGACUAGUCGUUAAUGGCAACCUAGUAUAUACAGCUGUCGUUCCAGAAUUGCAACUGACUGCGUCCAGAUCUGAUAUCUAUUUCAUCUCGUCAGCACCUAUAAACUCUGCCUCCAACUGUAGCUCCAGAGACACUAGUUCCCAGAGUUCCCCUCAGACUCCAACUGGCUACGAGAUGCCUGUCUUCCCUUCCCCGCUUGGAGAUGAUUGUAUUCGGAUCCCCUACGGCACCAAGCUAACCCUCUACAUGUCUAAAGACUCUGAAGGUGAAGCUCCCUCAAAACACAUCUAUAAGAUCCCAUUGAGCAACCUAGUUGGCCGGAGCAUAGAGAGGCCCCUCAAGUCUCCGUUGGUCAAUAAAGUGCUCACGGCACCUGCCUCCAGUGUGAUCGGCCCCACUCCCAUGAUCGCAAGCACAACCUCUCUCUCGCUGUCUCGCAUGGAGAUCAAAGAGAUCGCCAGCCGGACACGGAAAGAACUGCUGGGUUUGACUGAGGAACCCAGCAGUAAGGCUGAUGGUAACUCAGUGAAACAAAGAAAAAUUAGCAAGAAAACCAAGGAGGAAGAACAGAGAACAGCAGAGAUAAGCACCACUGAGCAAGUGGGAAUGGAGUCUGUAGAUGCAGAAACUGAUGUCCAUCGGCUUUGCUCAUCUGGCUCUACGGUGGAGCCACGAGAUGAUAGCCCUCCCACGGCCAGCCCUUUUACCUUCUCCACAUCUUUUGAGGAGGAUAUUCUGGACCUUAAGUGAUGACAAUCACAGUCUGUGGAUCAAAGUGCACCUCUCACCUUACACAUCCUACUACCUUUUACUUUAUAUCAUUCUUAUUUACCAUGUUACGUUGCAUUUUGUGUUUUCCUCAGUCUGCCCACUCAUCUGUGUGCGCAAAUGAAUCCCCAGAGCUUUAAACUUGACGGAGUUUACAGUGUGGUGAUGUCAAAAUUUACUCCUGGUGGAUGUAUGCAUGCGUGCGUGUGUGUAUGAUCCUGUGUUUACUGUAUAAGAUAGAAAUACAACUAGAAAAUUUUGAUUCUCAGCUAUUAUUUCAGAAUUUUGUUUAAAGAAAAAAGAAAAAAAUGACCAAAAAUGUU